AUGGCGGAGCCCAUGGAAGCAAGCACUUCAGGUUGCCGCGCCGACGGACGUGGCCUUGAAGAAUUUCGAACAGUUUUCAUCAAGACUCGCGUCCUAUCGCAAGCUAAAGGCUCCGCAUACGUUGAGUUUGGAACAACGAAGGUCAUGGUUGGCGUGUUUGGACCGCGGCAAAGCGAGGUCAAGCUCGGGUUUACAGACACAGGACGAUUGAACUGUGAGGUCCGCCUUACGUCAUUUGCAUCACAUAAACUGGCGAAAUCGGGACAGACCCAAUUAGAGAGCUCAGCAGCCCAAGGUCUGCAACAAGCCCUAGAGCCCUCGGUCCAGCUGGAUAAGUUCCCAAAGGCGGUGUUCGACGUUUCUGCGAUGAUACUCGAGGCCGGUGGCUCGGACCUGGCAGUGCUUAUCACCGCGGCAUCCGUCGCGCUGGCGGAUGCAGGCGUUGAGCUGUACGACCUCGUACCUGCCGUACAAGUGAGCAAGCAGCGUGGUCUGCUGCUUCUGGACCCCUCCCUGGAGGAGUCAGGAGCUGAGGAGGGCGGCAUGCUGGUGGGCCUUAUGCCCGAGCUAAACGAGGUGACAGCGCUCAAUGUGAGGGGGCUGUGGGCUGACUCGGAGAUGCAGGAAGGGCUGGAGCUGGCGCUGGGGGGUUGCGGGCAGCUAAAGGCGGCCAUGAGGGAGGCGCUGCUGACGGCGGCAGUGGAGGGGGGGUUGUGA